AUGGAUUCAAACUUGGAUUUAACAGGUCUUUUCCGUCAAUACCAAGGCAAAUUGUUGUCUUGGUACACAUCUUUGGUGCUGCUCAUAACCAGACAACAAUCGAAGUUCAUACUGUGGCCAGCCUCGAUAGUCUUUGUGAUAUCCUAUCCUGCGCUUUACUCGUUCGUGUCGCAGAUACCGCACUCCUCAACCGCGUCUACAUCUAACCUUGUCGAUGUGUUAGCUUUGAAUAACUCGACUGACUUUGGGUUCGAAUCGAGACAGGUGUGGAUACAGCCGAGCCUCGAAACGAUACCGCAGGAGGGAUACGCCCUAACAAAGAAGUUUCUGAUGGAUUCUCUCGAAGUUCAAACAAGUCUACUGGAAGGCAUAGAUCUUAACCAGGGGCUGUUGCAUAGUGUCUUUGAAUUCUGGAAUAAUGACCUAGAUGUGUUGAACAGCAGUCAGAACCUUCUAAGAACUGUCCAAAAACACGAUAACUCGCACCUCGAGCAUGACGGGAUCCUCGCUGGGAUAGUGCGGGUUGAUGGUGUUGUUAUCAGUGCUGAAGCUCUUAAAAUAUCGUUGAUAUUUGAGAAAGGAUCCAAGAUAGGAUCCCAAUGGGAUGAAAACGUCUCCAAAUUUCAAUCUCAAAAGUUCACGUUGCUGACGCCCAGUUCCUCUUCCAAUCGUAUUUACGAGUUCAAGUACAUACCGUUUGCAUAUUUCGGGUUCACGCUUUGCAACAUUUCCUAUCUUCUUGUGAUAAUUUAUGUGGUCAUGUCCAUUUCGAACGUCCAGUCGGUCAAAUCCAGAGUUGGUUUACUUGUGGCUUUUGUCGUGGAGAUAGCACUUUCACUGCUUUCUUCAGCAACAAUUACAUCCUAUUUUUUUACAGAAUUGGAUCUAAUGGAGGUUCCGAUGCAGAUAUUGGCUUUUGUGGUCAUAAUUGUUGGAUUGGAGAACAUGUUUCGUCUGAUCAAUGCUGUUUCCCAGACCUCGGAAGAUCUGCCCAUGAACAGGAGAUUUGUGGAUGCCUUCAUCACGCAGAGCUAUCUCUCCACUAUAAUUGUAGUGGUGGAUGCUUUUCUUCUCCUGGGUCUGGUGCCUUUGUUUAUAGGAGCUGGAAAGUCGACACUGCAAUUCUGUCUCUUUGCCUCUCUCGCUAUCCUUAUUGACCACUUCAUGCACUUGACUUACUUCACGAGUGUACUGUACAUAGACAUGAGGAGGAUGGAGUUGGAGGACCUGAUUCAAGAGCAAAGUAACCACAAACCUCCCAAGACUUUGCUCCAGAGAUCGAAAUUGGAUUCGGUCAAGCGUGCGAUGGAAACCUACAUAGGGAGGGCCCAGCUUCCUUUAACUACGACGGUGACAGGUUCUGUUGUUUGCGCGCUGUUUUUGCUUUUUGCCAAUAUUACCUGGAUGGGACGUGAGGUGGUGGAUUCGUCUUCUGUUAAUUUGAUCCCCUCGGGAUUCCAGUAUGCUUUUGAGGAUACCACGAAGAAAAUCCCAUGCACCACACGUUAUGUGCCGUAUUUUCUGUCUAAGAAAGCACAUGCGUACGAAAUGCUCAAGUUUUUCGAUAGGAAAACAAUAGCGCUAUCCGUCUCUGAACCGGUGGUAAUUGCUUACUCAAGUUCUCUGAGCGGCUCUGUUGCAUUUGACUUAUCAACAGUCUACAAUUACGAUAUCUACUAUGUUCUGGAGUUUGCCGCGUGUUUGAUUUUUAUCCUGUCCACUGCAGUCAUCAUCAUGAAGUACUCUUUGGAUAAGAAAGACAUCAGUCAACUCCAAGAAGAUCAGGAGGAGGAGGGAGUUCUAGAUUCCAAUGGAAGGGCAUGUUUUCAAAGUAAGGAGCUUACCCGUGGUCAUUUCCUCGAUAUAGUGAGGAUUUCCACCUCUUCGUGUCCUUUCGUGGUGACUGUGGGGAUGGACCACAAAGUUUUGGUUUGGUCCCCACUAAGCUUGCCACUGCCCAUGCCCUCUCAAUUGCCUGUUAGUGGUAAGCUUUUGCCCAUAAUCGAUGUUAUUCUCUCGAAUUCAGGUGGUUUCAUUGUUAUAGUGAGCAAAUCGGGAGUUCUAAAGUGCUGGUCGAGACUCACUAUGUCCUGGAUUUGGACCAUUCAGAUUGACGCAUUAAAGAACGGGCGAGCAUUGGAGUAUUUCUUCAGAAAGAGAACCAAAUCGUCGGUUGGGUCGAGAAGAUUGCGAGUUUCCAGGCCUUCGAGGCUGUCUACAGUUGAGUCCAACGAAACUAUCAACGAGACUACAAAAGAGGCAGACACUCAGAAGGCGCUUUCUCCUCAAAGACAAUCCAGGAGCAUAGACACUAACAGCAUGAUCCAGCAAAUAAGGUCCAUGUCUAUUGAUUCUGCUUACGAUAGAAGCAACAACCUGAAAGCGCUAAGCGAGAAUACAAAGAAGGACUUCAUCACUGUGCUUCCAGACGGAACGAUCUACGUGAUCUCUUGCGAGGAUGGAUCUGUUACAAAAUUUGAUGCCUCAUCCCAACCACUGGUUUGUGCCAAAAAACUGAUAUCUCCAAGGGUUAAUGACAGACUAGUAUGUCUGACGGCUGAUGGAACACUGGUUGUAGGCACCGUUAUCAACAACAAGUGGAAAAUCAGAAAAGUACAUAUCCAAAAAGAGAGCUACAAUUCUGGUAAGAGUCUCACCACACCUGCAACUCUGUCUAGAACAUCUUCUAUGGAUUACCAAUCAUAUUCGCAGUUUCAGGCUUUCAAGCAUACUGCUCCCAGUCUCGACUCAACAACUCCACCAUCAGUUGAGAAAAAGGACUAUUCUUCUGCGGAGAUCGCAACUGUGCCAUUUGUGGGGAUGGUCGUAUGUGCUCAUGGGACUAAAGCUGAUCUCAUUGACGUUCAAACAGGCACUUUGAUGAAAACUUUUGAAAUUUCCGAGUUCAAGAAAGGGACCUUCAACGUCUUCCAUCCGGAUCCAUACCAUUGCAGAUUCUGUGGAUGUGCGUCCGUUUCGUCGUUCUCGUUAGCAUACAUUGAGAAGGAUUCAAAAACGUUGGUAUUGCACACGUUCUCGAUCGAUAACCGUGCCAAGAACAAUAUCUGCCUACGUGUGGAACGUGAUCCUAGAGAAACACGUUGUCUUGGUUUCGAUUCUGUUUCGGAACACCAGUAUUGUUCCAGCAAUGUGGAAGGCUGGUGUACCACUGAUCUCAACAUGUUGAUUGGAGUUAGAAAGAAGAACGUCGAGGAUAUACCCAGCACAAGAGAGGCUGGUCUCAGGAAUAGGAAGUUGCACCGCUCAUCGUCAACCAAAAUUCCCUCCCUCAGUGAUAUCUGGGAGGGUUGGACAUUAUCUGCAACAGGAAAGACCAGAACUUUCGAGAUUCCCAACGGCACAGACCAAGGGCUUUUGAUCAAAUCUAUUGGUCCAGUUGCCAAAUUUGGUCACAAGUCGAUCAUUUGCUCAUUUGGAAACGUCAUGAAGAUCCUUUAUCUGGGUAACGAUAAUCUCAUAGAAGAAGGAGAUUUGGAUAAAGAGGGAAUAUCUGGUCUUUCCAGUAAUGAGAACUCCACUGCCCUUUCAUUUAUCAACAGACGUCGCAAGAUGACUCUCAAAAAGUACAAUCUGACUCACUCUACAAAGUUCAAUGACCCGCUUGACGCUGAUUGA